AUGCGCGGGGUACUUGAGCAAGACGGCUGCGGAGGAGGCGCAGAAGCUGCUCCGGGACAGACUGAGCAGCGUGCGGCCUAUCGAAGGAAUCCUCACGCGCGGGCGCAAGCUGAAAAGGGCAUCCCCUCGACAGCUCCUCCGCCAGCGAAGCGAGCUCGACUUGCCAACCUCGUUCCUCCUCUCGAAUCUCUUUCGCCAGCAACGAGCGCACCCAGGCAGAUCCUCGACUUCUCUGCCCUUCCGCCCAUUCCCUGGUCGGACCGAGAUGACGAGGUCCUGCUCGCGCACUGGGAGGCAAUUGUCGACGGCCGGAUCAGCUGGAUGGACGUCUGGGCUGUCUUCCCCUUGCAGACCCACGACGAACUCCUUCGGAGGAUUCAGCAGCUCAUUCAGAACUUUCCGAGUCCCGCUGCAGGACAGCUCCCGCCGUCGUUUGUCAAGCCAGACUCGUCGACUCGGCCCGACCUUCACAAACAGCCGCUUUCGCGACCAUCAACGACUUCUCCGCCCUCCGACGCGAGCUUGCGCUCGUUUCACGGAGCGAUAGCAGCUUUGCGUGGCGUUCCGAUAAAUCCUCGCAACGGUGCGCGCGACUGUGAUCAUCCUCAAGCCGGACGACCUUUGCAAGCGCCUCGCUCGCUGCUGCGAUCCUCUCGUUCGCCCUCUCCUGCGUCUCCUGAGGUCAGUCACGUCCCUUCGUACAAGCUCGAUGUCGCUCGAGCGCUCAGGCGCGCGUUUGGACAGCCUCGACCGCACAAUCUCUUCGCUCAGCCCGUCCUUUCCGCGCCGUCACCCGCGAUGUCGCCGGUCGUCAAUCUUCGUCCGCAGCCUCUCUACGCUGUGCAGGCGCCAGCCCUCAGCCUACCUUCGUCGUUCUGCGACGCUCCUCGCAGCGAGACGGACGACCAGCGCAUCCCGACCUCCGCCGACUUCCUGCCAGUCAAGCCCGCUUCAAUCGCCUGCGAGCCAGCCUUGCAAUAG